AUGAUAGAGACUGAAGUUUACAAGGACCUAGAGGAGAUACAAUGGGAGAUUGACAGGAAGUAUGAGGAGUUUUCAAAGAAGGAUUUUGAGUGCAAGCUAGACCAUCACAAGAUGAUCAAGCCGUUGCUUAUAAGGAGAGACCAGGCGAUUGCAAAGAUGGAUUCUGGAAGCUACUGGGGACGUGUGUUGGACAGGUACGAGAUUGGAGAAAUGAUACUUCCCAGGGACUCAAGCAACUUGAUCAACACGGGAUGGAUGAGAUCUCUGUCUGUUGACUAUCUUGAUGGAUAUGCAUACAGGGUUGAGAUGGAGGUGAAUGAGAAUGAGUUUGUGGCAAACAAGACCCUGAUGAAGAAGGCGUAUCUUCUGGAGGGGGAUGUGGAGAGAAGUGGAGUAAGGUGGAAAGGGAACCGAAAGUGCCCUGUGUUUGAGUUUUUCGACACAGACACUGUAGACCUUGAUAUCUUUGACAUCCUAUAUGAGGUUUAUGUCAACUCUGCCUCCUACUUCCUGAGGUCCACUUGA